AUGGACCGCCUCGUAUCCUCUGCAGUGACUGUCGGCAAGGUGAUCCUUGUCCAGCUGAUGGGCAUGUGGGCCUCACGCCACUUUACCGCCAAGGAAAAAUCGCUCAAGGCACUCAGCCACAUUUGCGUGAAAAUAUUUCUACCACUCCUGCUCUUUUCACAGCUGGCGAUGGUUCUCUCGUGGGAGAUGAUUUAUAAAUAUUACUGGGCGUGCAUAUUGCCGCUUAUUCCGAUGACACUGGGCUUUUCCUCGGCCUACGCUUUUCGCUCGUGUAUUCCUGAGGAGUUUUAUGGUCUCUUUCAGCUGGCCUGCACGUUUCAAAGCAUCGUCUCUUACGGCCUGGGAAUUGUUCUGAAUCUCGAAAUUCCUUGGUGGAGCAAGGAGAAUAAAAGUGAGGCGCAGUCCUAUGUCUUUCUUUUCAACGUGCUGCACUCCAUAUUUCUCUGGUCGGUUGGCACAAUGAUUGUUGAGAAGGGUGCGAUGGCCUUGGAGGAAAAGAAUGCGGCCGCAGCGGCGACGGAAGCGGCUGCCGUUGUUGCUUUCGCGUCAACACCCGACACGAAUGACGCUGCGAAUGAGUCGGAAGGAGCUUUGGGAGCGUGUUACGACCGUGAACAACAUAAGCCGGCGCGACAGUUAGACGAAUACAAGCCUGCCCCGCCUCCUUCUUUCGCACCAGCACCGGUGCCUCCGAAUAAAGUGUCCACGACAGAUUUAACGUGGAUGGAGUACAUCCGCCUGCAGCUGCCGUACCUUCUCACAGAGCAACUGAUCGCCAGUUUUUUGGGUUUGUUGAUUGCUCUGGUUCCGCCUUUCUACCUGCUGCUAAAAAAUCCUGUGGGGGAGAUGUUAAUGGGUGGAAUUGCACUGCUGGCUCCAGGCGCCGUGCCGCUACAACUUUUGUUGCUCGGCGUCAAUGUCACUGCCGAGGGUGAUGGCUCGGCAAAACUCCCCGUGCGUUUUCUGGUGGGAGUUAUUGUUCUUCGCCUCUUUUUUGUCCCCCUCAUUUGCUUCGGCAUCAUCCACCUUCUCUUGGUGUAUGGUCUUAUGCCGUACGACAAGCCGUUUGUAUUGGUGAUGCUAAUACUGACCUCUGCUCCGACGGCAGUAAACACGUCUAGCAUAUGCUCCAUUUAUUCAUAUAAAGUGAGGGAGUUCACCAAAUUGCUGCUUUUCAUGUAUGUUGCUUGCAUCUUUACGACAACUGUCUGGCUUACAAUGUAUAUGUGGUAUCUGGACUCCUAG